AUGAAUUAUGUUGCUUUUAUUGCUUAUACAAGUAAUUUUUUUCACCUUCUGCAGGUUCUCUCAGAGAAACGUCACCUAGGAAGUAAAGAUGGACCACCACACCUUGUUGUAUUGGUUGCAUUACAUUCUAGGUCAAACACAAAGAACCUCCUGGGUCUGAUACAGGUUAAUGAAGGUGAUAUUCUGCAGGAAGAUGAUGGAAAAAGUUGCAGUUUUGCUUUUGUCAGUCCCAAGCAGAAACAGAGAUGGUGCUUUGUUGAAGCAAACAAAGACGAUCUGCAUUCUUUGCUGGACCUGGCUAAAGUGGCUGAUACCCUCCUCUUUCUUCUGGAUCCUCAGGAAGGAUGGGACAGUUAUGGAGAUUAUUGCUUGUCUUGUUUGUUUGCUCAGGGCCUGCCCAGCCAUGUUGUUGCUGUACAAGGUAUGAAUGAAAUUUCAAUUAAAAAAAAGACGGAUGUAAAGAAACAGCUGUGUAAAGUCAUUGAGAAGAGAUUCCCUGAUGCCAAGCUCUUCCACUUGGACACUGCACAAGAGGCUGCCAUACUCUUAAGACAGAUGGCCACUCAAAAGCAGAGACAUUUGGCAUACCGGAACCGCCGAUCAUAUAUUUUGGCACACAAAGCUGAUUUCCAGCCAUCUGAUGACACAGGCCUGGUGGGCACAUUAAAAGUGUCUGGUUAUGUGAGGGGACAGGAACUCAAUGUCAAUGGACUGAUUCACCUUGUUGGCUAUGGUGAUUUCCAGAUGAGUCAGAUUGAUGCCCCUCCAGAUCCUUACCCAAUGAAUAUUCGUGUUCGCAAAGAGAAGGCAAAGAAAGGACAAGAUGUGAAUAUGGAGGAUGAACCCAAUAAUCCAGAGAUGGAAGAGGAUGUGAAGGUCCUAAUGAAAGCUGAUCCAACUGCACAAGAAUCUCUUCAGUCUGAGGUGGUCCCUGACCCUAUGGAGGGGGAGCAGACAUGGCCUACUGAUGAGGAGCUGAGGGAUGCAGAGGAUGCUUUAAAGGGAAAUGUAAAAGUCCAGAAAAAGGUUCCUAAAGGUACAUCCAACUAUCAGGCUGCCUGGUUUUUAGAUGAUGAAGAAAGCGUUGAAGGAGCGGAAAGUGAAGAUGAUGAUGAAGAUGAUGAAAUGGACGAUGAGCAGGAAGAUGCUAUGAAUGAAGUGGUAUCUGAGGAGGAGGAAGGCAGUGCAGAAGAAGCAGAGGAAGAAAGUGAGACAGUGACCAUCCCAGACAGCACUCGGGAUGACAAGUAUGAUGAAAACGUAGAUGAGGUAGAGGAAGAACAGAUGCUGGAGAAGUACAAGCAGGAGAGACAGGAUGAAAUGUUUCCAGAUGAGGUGGAUACUCCAAGGGAUCAGCUGGCUAGAACCAGGUUCCAAAAGUACCGGGGUCUGAAAAGCUUCCGUACAUCACCAUGGGAUCCAAAGGAAAAUCUUCCAAGAGACUAUGCUCGCAUCUUUCAGUUCCAUGACUUCUUCAGAACCAGAAAACGUGUCUUUAGAGAACAGGAGGAAGAGAAGAAUGAAGGCGUCAUGGUUGGUUGGUAUGUUACUGUGCAUGUAAGUGGAGUACCUGUCUCUGUAUUGGAAGACUUCAAACAGAGGGCACCACUUGUCCUGUGUUCACUUCUUCCUCAUGAACAAAAGAUGUCAGUGGUAAACCUGCUGGUGAGAAGACAUCCUGGGAACACUGAACCAGUAAAAGCCAAAGAAGAGAUGAUCUUCCAUUGUGGAUUUAGACGUUUCCGAGCAUCCCCCCUGUACUCACAGCACACAUCUGCGGACAAACACAAAUCGGAACGUUUCCUGCGCUCUGAUGCUGCUGUAGUUGCUACUGUAUAUGCUCCCAUUACCUUCCCACCUGCCUCAGUACUAAUCUUUAAGCAACGCAGUAAUGGGAUGCAUGAUUUGAUUGCCACUGGAUCCCUACUAACUGUGGACCCUGACAGGACGAUAAUCAAGAGGAUAGUUCUUAGUGGUCAUCCAUUUAAGAUCAUGAAAAAAAACGGCUGUAGUCCGCUACAUGUUCUUCAACAGAGAGGAUGUACUGUGGUUUAAGCCAGUAGAAUUGCGUACAAAGUGGGGUCAAAGGGGACAUAUCAAGGAACCUCUAGGAACACAUGGCCACAUGAAGUGUUAUUUUGAUGGGCAGCUGAAGUCCCAGGACACCGUAUUAAUGAACUUGUAUAAGCGUGUUUAUCCUAAAUGGACUUAUGACCCACAUGUACCUUUCCCAGUGACUUGGGUGAAGAAUGAGGUUGAGAUUGAUCCUGCUGAAGUAGAGAUGGAUUAG